CGCUGCUUCUGGUAGCCGGGGGAGCCCGCCGGCGGCGCACCUCGCGCCAAUUCUCGAAUGAUUCUACGCCGGGCGCGGCGCGGGGCUGCAGAGCAGGGGCCAGCUCCUGCGCAGUUGGCGUAGCGAACGGCGCCCGCGCAGGCGCAGGAGGGGGCGGAGCAGCGGGAGAGCCGGGGAGCCCGAGGCUGGGGGUCCCGGCGACCAGCGCCGCGGCCCGAGGACCUUGGCAUCCGCCGCUUCCCGCCUCCCUCUGCUGGAGAGCGCCCGCCGAGAGAGGGGGGCGGCGUCCGGAAUCCCGAGGACGCUGCCGGAGAAUUAUAGGGGGAGAGCGCCCCUCCCCCCUCAGCUUGGGGACCGGAGAGCGGGGCCUUCGCGGCGCCCCCACCUCUGCCCUGAGCCGAUGGGCCUUGGUCGGCUCUCCCCGCGCCUCCCAGAACGGCUGGAGCGACCCGAGGCCAGCUUCCCCGUGCUUGGCAGCCCUGGCUCCGGGGCCUGCCGGGGGAGAGCGCAUUCUCCCACCAUCCUGUCUGCCCUAGAGGAGAGAGAGUGGGAGUGAGAGACCCCCGGCCCAGGCCGCCCAGCCCCUCAAGGGCCAGAAUCUCUCUCCUUGAGGGGCCCGCCGGCUGUCAUGGAGAGCAACCUGUCUGGCCUGGUGCCGGCCGCCGGCCUGGUGCCCGCGCUGCCCCCGGCCGUGACCCUGGGACUGACGGCCGCCUACACCACCCUGUACGCCUUGCUCUUCUUCUCCGUGUAUGCCCAGCUGUGGCUGGUGCUGCUCUACGGGCACAAGCGGCUCAGCUACCAGACGGUGUUCCUGGCGCUUUGCCUGCUCUGGGCCGCCCUGCGUACCACCCUCUUCUCCUUCUACUUCCGAGAUACCCCCCGGGCCAACCGGCUGGGCCCGCUGCCUUUCUGGCUCCUCUACUGCUGCCCUGUGUGUCUGCAGUUCUUCACCUUAACCCUCAUGAAUCUCUACUUUGCCCAGGUCGUGUUCAAGGCCAAGGCGAAACGGCGGCCGGAGAUGAGCAGGGGCUUGCUGGCUGUCCGUGGGGCCUUCGUCGGGGCGUCACUGGUGUUCCUGCUGGUGAACGUGCUGUGUGCGGUGCUGUCCCGCCGGCGCCGGACGCAGCCCUGGGCACUGCUGCUGGUCCGCGUGCUGGUGAGCGACUCGCUCUUUGUCAUCUGCGCCCUGUCCCUCGCCGCCUGCCUCUGCCUCGUGGCCCGGCGGGCCCCGUCCACCAGCAUCUACCUGGAGGCCAAGGGGACCAGCGUGUGCCAGGCAGCUGCCAUGGGCGGGGCCAUGGUCCUGCUGUAUGCCAGCCGGGCCUGCUACAACCUGGCAGCCCUGGCCCUGGCACCCCGCAGCCGGCUUGACGCCUUUGAUUAUGACUGGUACAACGUAUCUGACCAGGCGGACCUGGUCAAUGACCUGGGGAACAAAGGCUACCUGGUAUUCGGCCUCAUCCUCUUCGUGUGGGAGCUGCUGCCUACCACCCUCCUGGUGGGCUUCUUCCGGGUGCACCGGCCCCCACAGGACCUGAGUACCAGCCGCCUUCUCAAUGGCCAGGGCUUUGGCUCGCGUUCCUACUUCUUCGACCGUGCGGGGCACUGUGAGGACGAAGGCUGCUCCUGGGAACACAGCCAGGGCGAGAGCACCAGCAUGUCAGGCAGCCUCGGUUCCGGCAGCUGGUAUGGUGCCAUCGGGCGUGAGCCGGGCUGGUGCGGGGCCGGCCAGACAAGGACCACUCCCCUGCUCUUCUCCCAGGUGCCGGGAGUGGGCGGCCACCACCACAGUCUCUACUCUACCCCCCAGACGUGACCUGCCUCCUGCCCCCUCUCCCACGAGUACCUAGACCCUGUCUGCCUCCUCAACCCCCUCCCCAGGCCCCUGUGCCAAAUUUACCUGCCGCUUCUUGCCCAGGAUCCCCUCCACUCGGGGCUGUGGCCACCACCUCCUCUGGCUGGCUCCUUGCUGUUCCCCUUGUAGUGAGCUUGUGUCAUCCCCCUGAGAUGGGGGACACAGCCCUGGCUGCCAGAUGCCCACAGCACCCUGGCAUGAUCGCCACCUCCGCUUCCAGCUGGAGCCAGCUACCUGUCCUGUACCUGCCAGUCAAUAAAGUGUCUGUGCCCCUCCCC